UUGUAUUGACGCUUCGCUUCGCGGCGUCAUCGACCGUCAGUCAAAACAUCACAAGGGCCCGGGUGGAUGGUGCUUUCAGAGCGGUGGCCAUCUCCGGCUGGUGGUAGGCAGUUACCUGAGUUUGAAGAUGUCGGAAAAUUCCAGCGAUAGUGAAUCAUCCUGUGGUUGGACCAUAAUUAAUCAUGAAGGAUCUGAUGUGGAGGUACUAAGUUCAGACAAAGGAGAGGCUGAAUGUAUUUCACAGACUUUAACAAAUCAACAGGUCGAUAAACCAUUUGAGUCACAAGCAAAGGGCACUGAGUGCACAGAGCCAAAAGUGGAAAAUCUCAGUGCUUCAAUUAUAUCUGAGGAUAAAGAAACAUUAUCCAAGUCACCAAAUGAAGAAUUGGCUGAUGACAAUGCUGUUGUUGGUGCAACCAGCGAUGAUUCAGAUAUUGUUACCCUUGAGUCGCCACUGAUGGAAGAUCUUCAGACUAAUCAAGAAGCAACUGAAGAAGCAGAAGCAGAAAGCAUAAAUGAUGAUGAAAUGAACUUGGGUUCGUCCUCCAGCAGCCAGUAUACCUUUGCCCCUCCCGAAACUGUAUCUGCAUUUGAAGGAAGCAUUGAUGAAUCAAGUAGUGAUGAUACCAGUGGCAAAUCCAGCCCUAAUCUGAGAAAACGACGUAUUCGAAAAAGAACUCUGUCUACCGAAUCAGAGGAAAAACCAAGGGAUGACGUGACAGAUGGUGAACAGCAGCAGCAGCAGCAACACCGGUUCAAUACCACUCUGAAUAAAUGCAUUUUACUCGCACUGGUUGUUGCUUUCAGCAUGGGAUUUGGUCACUUUUAUGGAGACUUUCAAGAUGGCAGCCAGUUGCCUCUGAAGAGGGGAACAACUCAAAUACAAGAACAGCAGAAGAUGGUAAAAAAAUUUCAUGAAGAUGAAUUGAAUGAUGUAAAGGAUGAUCUCUUUCAGUGUCAAAAGGAUCAAGAGGCAAAUGCAGACAAUAAGGCUGGAACUGAGGAGUUUUUGGAAGACGAAAAGGAGGAUCCUGACAUGCUACAUUCACUGACAGAACAGUUAGAUAAUAUGAGAAAGGAGAAUCAACAACUGAGAGAAAAACAAGCAGAGCUUCAGUCACAAGGACAAAACUUGGAAACUCGUUUAAAGCAAACCGUGGAUGAAAAACUUUCUGUUGAGUCACAGCAGCAAAUGCUUGCCAAGGAAAACCAGCGUAUGAAGGAGUCUCUGGAACAUGAAGAGAGAGCAUUGUCUUUGCUGCAGAGUGAGCUUCGGAAGCUGAGGGAACAAAUCCGGACAUUAGAAGGAAAAGGAACAGAUGCUGAAAUAAUCAUCACAGAAAACCAGAAACUAAAGGAUCAUCUCGAGGAGGAAAAGCAACAGGUGUACAGUUUUCUUCAACAGAAGGGGACCCUCGUGACUGAGGCUCAGCUGCUGAGGAAGGAAUUGGAUAAAGAAAGAGAAAUAACGGAUGCAUUGCGUAAGGAACUAGAUUCUUUGAGCCACUUUCAAACCUCAGCUAAUACUGACCAAGAUGGUAAAAAUACAGAAGGUUUACAAACAAGACUUGCAGAGCUUCAGAAGAAGUUGGAUUUUGAACAGCAACGCUCUGAUUUGUGGGAAAGACUUUAUAUUGAAGCAAAAGAAGAAAAGAAGGACCCUGAAUUAAAGAAAACAGCAAAACAACAAGAGAGAAAAACAAAUCAAGAAUUUUAUGGAAAUAGGAAUAAGAAGCAUCAGCCUAAAGGUAAUUUUAUUAGAUCGUUUAAGAAUACUUUUGAUGCUGUGAAAAACUCAACUAAAGAGUUUGUGCGUCAUCAUAAAGAAAAGAUUAAACUGGCAAAAGAAGCAGUAAAAGAAAAUUUGAGGCGAUUCUCUGAUUCUGUUAAAUCCACAUUCCGAACCUUCCAAAACUCUGCAAAAAAUUUGUUUCACAAAAAUAAGAAAUGUGACAAAGCAGGGGAUGCAAAAACUGAACGUCACAAUGAACACCCAUACAAACCGAACAGACACAAAAAGCAUGGUGCUCACAGAGGCAACGAUUACAAACAUCAAUAUAAAACCAGAGAAGCAACCCAUGAGCAGUUCUAUUAUAGCAAUUCAAGGAAACCCCACAAAAUGUACACUGAAGAGUCUCGCAAAUUUGAGUCGGGUCCUAGUGAACAUGAUCACUUGGGAAAACGUGCACACUACAAGAGCCCCAAGGGUUGCUCUGGUGUUUUUGAGUGUGCCCACCAAGAAUCUUUGAGCCUAUUUAAUAAAGUCCUCGACCCUAUCAAGGUAGAAGAUUUUCAUAAGCUUCUCCAUAAUUAUUUUCAAAAAGAGAUGGUUGACUUCCAACGCUGGAGUGAAUUGGAGAAAUUUAUCAACCGGUUCUUCCACAAUGGACUUUUUAUACAUGACCAAAUGUUAUUCUCUGAUUUUGUCAAUGAUGUUGAAGAUUAUCUUGAAGAUAUUGCAGAGCAUCAAGAAGGAAACGAUGAUGGUUUUGAUGACCUGGAUGGAUACAUUUAUCAACACUUAUUUGGUGACAAUUACCUUAAUCAUUUUGGACCAAGUCCACUAUAUGGUCCUGAUAAGUACAGGAAACAUGCAUCUAAAAAUGCAUAUGGCUCCAGACCAGCGAGACCUGAAAGGAAGCAGCAGGCUUGCCACCACAGGGAAUGCAAGUGGAACAAGCCAGGCCGUGGCAAUGGAAGACAUAUGGCAAAUGUUGAAAUUGAGUUGGGGCCAAUGCCUUUUGAUCCAAAAUAUUAAAUGGGUGUAUUUGCAUAAGUAUGUGUUUUCAACAUGUUCAAAACACGUCUGACUGCUGUUUAUGGUACAGGUUUAAGAAUAAUGAAAUAUCUUUUCAAACAGUAUGCAUUUCAUUUGACUGAAUAACAAGACAGUAGAUGUAGUUUUGCUAAUCAUUUUCCAUCUGUAUUUGAAAAGUGCUGUGUUGUGCAAGUAUGUUGUGCUAAACAAAUUUCAAGAUUAAGUAAAAGUUAAAAGUUGCUGGAUCUUUAGUGUACCAAUAAUUUGCGUUUGCUGGUAUAUGUGCAUGAACUGUGAGUCUCUUGCCUUAGCAAAUUUGCAAUUUGCUAUCGUGAACGUAAAUUCCAUACUGUAUAAAUUAUUAUUGUUGAUGUGCCAUAUUUCUUAAUUUUUUGAAGAUUAUUUUAUUCCAUGGCAAAAAAUGUUCCAUUUUAUCUUGCCCUGUGGUGAAUGCUUUGCACAGAAAUAUCUAUCUUUAUAAUUUUGAGGCUGUAUUUUUAAUUUGAAUUCAGUUACAUUUCCAUUUGACAGUGAACAAUUGCAAGCAAACAAAAAUGUUAAAACUAAUCGAUAAUAAAAGUUCUUGCUUAAUUUUUUUAUGAA